UUCCCAUUCUCUCUCUCUCUCUUUCCUCUCUCAAAGAUACAUACAACAUAUGCAUACAUAUGUGUGUGUAAAGCUGUUACUGUACAUGUAAGCCUCUCUUUUUGACUCAUUUUCUUCUCGAGAACUCUCAUCUUUGGCCAAAAAGCACUACCGGAUUGUGAAAUUGACGUCCAAUUUUCAGAAAUAUACUGGGCAAUUGCUUUGGGGGACACUCGAACUGUAUUAAAAGCUCAUUUCGGAGGUCUUGUUCUGAACUGCCCUUAUGCCUGGGAGCAAGUAUAACGACAUAAACUCAGAAGUCCCCAACAAUCUAGUGACGAGGCUCGUGAGAGAAAGACAUCUGAGAAGAACCAGCCAAUCUUCUUCUCCAAAUGAUGUUACUGAUGGCAACAGAGGGACUGAGAUCUCUGGGCAGGAUAUUUCAUUACCUCCCAACCUGGAAAGAUAUUUGGAAGAAGCUGCAGCACUGGUGAUUAAUGGGGCAAGAGAAAGGUCUGAUGGAAGGCCUAACAGACAGAGAUUGUUAGUGGUUGCUAAUAGACUUCCUGUAUCUGCAGUUCGGAGAGGUGAGGAUUCAUGGUCACUAGACAUAAGUGCAGGGGGUCUAGUAAGCGCUCUUCUCGGUGUGAAGGAGUUUGAGGCACGAUGGAUUGGGUGGGCAGGUGUAAAUGUGCCAGAUGAGAUCGGGCAGAAUACCCUCACUACGGAGCUAGCUGAGAAGAGGUGCAUCCCUGUUUUCUUAGAUGAAGAAGUCGUUCAUCAAUAUUAUAAUGGCUAUUGCAAUAACAUCAAUUUUUUCCUUAUUUCCAGUUUCCACACAUAUGAUUAUGCAAGGCAUUUUGUUAGUGCCUGUACUCGUAUUCUUGGACUUGAAGGUACCCCUGAAGGAGUAGAGGACCAAGGGAAGCUAACUCGUGUUGCUGCGUUCCCCAUUGGUAUUGAUUCAGAUAGGUUCAUUCGAGCACUUGAAGUUCCUCAAGUCCAGGAGCAUGUCAAAGAAUUAAAAGAAAGAUUUGCUGGAAGAAAGGUAAUGCUCGGCGUGGAUCGCCUCGAUAUGAUCAAAGGAAUCCCUCAAAAGAUACUAGCAUUCGAAAAGUUUCUUGAGGAAAAUCCAUACUGGCGUGAUAAGGUGGUUUUGCUGCAAAUUGCUGUGCCAACAAGAACUGAUGUUCCUGAAUAUAAAAAACUUACAAGCCAGGUUCACGAAAUUGUUGGACGUAUAAACGGCAGAUUUGGAACUUUAUCUGCUGUUCCAAUUCAUCAUCUAGAUCGUUCUCUUGACUUUCAUGCCUUAUGUGCAUUGUAUUCUAUUACUGAUGUAGCAAUUGUCACAUCUUUGAGGGAUGGAAUGAAUCUUGUCAGCUAUGAGUUUGUCGCAUGUCAGGAUUCCAAAAAAGGAGUUCUCAUUCUCAGCGAAUUUGCAGGAGCAGCACAGUCUCUUGGUGCUGGAGCAAUUCUUGUAAAUCCUUGGAACAUCACAGAAGUAGCUGCUGCCAUAAGCCAAGCUUUGAAUAUGCCUGCCGAAGAAAGAGAGAAACGUCACCGCCAUAAUUUUGACCACGUGACAAAUCAUACUGCUCAACAGUGGGCUGAGUUCUUCAUAAGUGAACUGAAUGGUACCAUUAUAGAAGCUCAGCAGAGAAUGAGACAAGUUCCACCUCACCUAGUUUUCAGCGAUGCAAUCCAGCGCUACUUGCAAUCUAAAAAUCGAUUACUUAUACUGGGUUUCGAUGCUACACUAACUGAACAAAUUGACAGUCCUGGAAGAAGAGGUAGUGAUCAAAUUAAAGAAAUGGAACUGAAAUUGCAUCCUAAGUUGAAAGGACCUCUGAAAAAGCUUUGCAAUGAUCCAAAGACAACAAUUGUAGUACUCAGUGGAAGUGAGACGAGGGUCUUAGAUGAUAUCUUUGGUGAGUACAACAUGUGGUUAGCAGCUGAGAAUGGAAUGUUUUUGCGUUCCACAGGGGGAGAAUGGAUGACAACAAUGCCAGAGCAUUUAAACAUGGACUGGGUUGACAGUGUAAUGCACGUUUUUGAGUAUUUCACCGAAAGAACCCCAAGGUCACACUGUGAGCGUCGUGAAACUUCACUUGUAUGGAACUACAAGUAUGCAGAUGUUGAAUUUGGAAGAUUGCAAGCUAGAGACAUGCUGCAGCAUCUUUGGACUGGUCCAAUGUCUAACUCGUCUGUUGAUGUAGUCCAAGGAAGCCGCUCAAUUGAGGUGCGAGCAGUGGGUGUUACAAAGGGAGCAGCUAUUGAUCGCAUACUCGGAGAGAUAGUUCACAGUGAAGCCAUUUGUAUUCCAAUAGAUUAUGUGUUGUGCAUAGGGCAUUUCUUAGGAAAGGACGAGGAUGUGUACACUUUUUUCGAGCCAGAACUUCCCCGGGAUACUACAGGUAUGUCAAGAACAAGAGCAACCGAUGCAAUGAAGCUUGCUACUGAGCAACGGGCCACUCCAACUAUAAACAGCUCCAAGUGUCAGGGCAAGCGUCAGCAGUCUGGACCAAAGCCGGACAAGAAAGCAAGCAGAAGCCGCCGAUCAUCACCAGAGAAUAUCUCGUGGAAUGUGCUCGAUCUGAAAAGGGAGAACUAUUUUUCUUGUGCUGUUGGCCGGACUCGAACAAGUGCUCGAUAUCUUCUCAAGACAUCAGAUGACGUCGUUUCAUUUCUCAAAGAAAUGGUAGAAGCGUCAUCGAACACAUCAUUGUCAAUUUGAUCGAUCUCGCAGUGCCUAUAAAUAUGACCUUUCUAUCGUCGUGUUUUCUAGCUCCUUUCAUGUUAACUACUCUCUUUGUAGCACCCUGAAACAUCUAGACUUCAGUUUUCCAUAUGUACAUAUAGGAAGAUAAAUAAAACAAAUACAGAGAAACAUUGCCUUAAAUCACCUCUCACUUUCUAUGUAGAUUUGGUUGAGUGUAUCAGUACGACUGUGCCAGCUUCUAUA